AGAUUUGUUUUCAGAAACAAACAGUUGCUUGCCGAAAAGAUGAAAUGCAUUGGCUUCCUUUUCUUCUGGAUGCUGAUGAACACAAUAACAGAUGCCCGAUCAAUCCUGGAAGGAGACGAUCGAGAACCUGUGGCCAUGCCAUACUGGCCCUUCUCCUCCAGUGACUUCUGGUCCUACGUGGAGUACUUCAGGACACUGGGAGCCUACAACAGGAUUGCCGAGCUGGCCAGGGCUUUGUUUGCACAGCUGCCUGCAGGCAGCCACCUCGGCCUCCACCUGCCUGCAAGUGAGGACUGAGCACUGCCUGCCAUCAUGCUGAGACAUCACACCAACAUGCAGCUGCUGGAGCAGCCCCUUCAGUUGCUUGCGGCCACAUGAAUGGGCCUCUGAAGUGUUAUGUGCUUUAGAAAGCCGCAGGUAAAUUAGACUUUUCUUUUUGCAAGCUGCGCUUUUGUGCAAAAUCAAUAAACUCCUUGAUCAUA